GAGAGAGAAAUCGCCAUUGAAAUGUCAAACGAAUACACAGACGAAGCCUAUCGUUUUUCACUCAAGAUCAUACUAUUGAAAAUCUGGACCUUUACUUAUAAGAUUUAUCUCUUCUUCUUCUUUUCGGAACUCAGACACGAUGGCUCGAACAUUCAUCUUGUGGCUUCAUGGGUUGGGCGAUUCGGGACCUGCUAAUGAACCCAUCCAAACACAAUUAAAAUCCCCCGAGUUAAGUAACGCUAGUUGGCUCUUCCCUUCUGCUCCAUUCAAUCCGGUUACCUGCAACAAUGGUGCGGUGAUGCGUUCUUGGUUUGACGUUCCUGAACUUCCUUUUAAAGUGGGCUCUCCAAUUGAUGAAGGCAGCGUGCUUGAAGCAGCUAAGAACGUUCAUGCUAUUAUAGACCAGGAGAUUGCAGAAGGAACAAAUCCAGAAAACGUGUUUAUCUGUGGAUUAAGCCAAGGAGGAGCAUUAACUUUGGCUAAUGUUCUUCUUUACCCAAAAACUCUUGGAGGUGGAGCAGUUCUAAGCGGAUGGGUUCCAUUCAGUUCUUCAGUCAUCAGUCAGUUUCCUGAAGAGGCUAAGAAGACACCAAUCUUGUGGUCUCAUGGUACUGAUGACAGAAUGGUACUCUUUGAAGCUGGUCAAGCUGCUCUUCCUUUUCUCAAAGAAGCCGGUGUUACCUGUGAAUUCAAGUCAUAUCCGGGUCUCGGGCACUCGAUCAGCAACAAAGAGCUGAAGUAUAUAGAGUCAUGGAUCAAACGACGAAUGAAACGUUCGUCGUCUACUUGUCUUCAUCUUAACUGUCUUAAAGAAAUGUUCCACUCAAGGUAGUAAUAGUUAUACCUACAUAUCGUCUAUGAAGACAAGAAGAAGAUUGAUAAUUCUAAGCUCAUCAUCUGGUUUGGUCUGCAGUGUCCUUCUGGUAUCUCUGUCAUUGCACUUUUGUUUGGUUACUUUGUUGCUGAAUACAUAAGAGUUUGUGAUUGUAUCGAUUUGAAUUAUGUAUAUGCAAGCAUUGGAGGAUUACAUUUGCAA